CCAGCCAAGACAAUCUAAUGAUAACAACACCGUUGUUCCACCGUACUUUGUGAGGCUCGAAGAAAGCUCGUCUUCUGAAUCAGAUUCGUCUGAAUCAAGCGUGAAUUCCCUUGAGCAUGUGGGGUCGGAUUUGGAAGUAGUUCAACCAAAACUUGAUAGGUCGGAUGACAAAACAAUUGAAGAGGCUGUCGAAAUAGCAAAGAACAAAGGCGCCAGAACAUCAAAAAUGCUUAUACGAAGUAUUCAGGGAGAGUCUAUAAAGAAUUGCAUAGCUACAAACCACUGUUCAAAUCGAUGUCAUGAAAUACUGACAUUUAAUGAGAUAAAA